GAGAGAGAGAGAGACGCGCGCACGCGGCGGGCACAUCUGCACCCGUUGCAACUCGCGGACCGCGCGCUCGCGCUCCCGGUGGAGUUUUGGUUUUCCGCGAUACUUCGCGCAAACGCGGGCGCCGGAGGUUAUAUCGGGCUUGGGUUCGUGGCGUCCCGUGGGGCUCGCGCGUCGAUAAGUCGCAAAACGUCCCUCGCCGACGGUGGAAGCGUUCCGCUCCAGCGUCGCGGUGACGGCGGCCGACGGGAUCGUCGCAGGCGGGUUCUUCAAUCGCGCCUAACCUGACGUAGUUUUCGUGCGUUACUUUCCUUCAGUUCGCAGGCUCGGGGGCUUCUCCUCGUGGAGGUUUGUUUACUCGAAAGUACGCGCGAGCCACCGAGUCUCGGUGAUCUUUUUGGUUAUUGCCCGAUUAUGAUGGAGCUUCCAAGUAAAUACGUGGCAUGUACGCUCUCCAGUAUAUGCAAAAUAUUUUGCAAAACUGUGCAUCUUUUGGAUUCGAUGAAGGAAUUUCCCAUUGACCGUAAAGAGUGAACAAUCUAAAAUAGAUCUAAAUUUAAAAAUUAGUUAUCGAUAUAGGGGUAUAAAAAUAUCUUAGAUAUUACUGCGUGCCAGUAAAGUUCAUCUUUCUACAGUAUUUUCAAGUAUAAGUAUUAAGUGGUGCGUAAGUAUUAACAAACGAAUUACAGAAAAGGCCGUUAUUAAUAUACCAUUAUUAUUAUUGAAUGUGUGAAAGUGUGUUGGUGAUUAAUCCAAAGCAACAAAUUGUCGAAAAUAAUUCCUGCUAUGACACAAAUAUAACAUAUUGCGAUAUAUUGCAUCAUAACUAUUAAUACUCUUUUUUUUCAAUAGAAAUACUUUCGAUUAUUCUUCCUAAAUCUUGUAGUUCUUCUCUCUUACGUCCAUGAAUAAUUUAACAAAAGGAUCUGUUCUACUUGCGUGGCGACAAAAUUUAUGAACAAGCUACGAGCAAACUUGAACAUAUUUCUCCCCAAAGAAAGAGACGAGCACACAGCAACAGCAGCUUGUAUUUUGCAUCUCGCGCAGGGCGGACUGGAUUACCGUUUGAAUAACUGAGGUCUCGACUUUUCAGCACUUCCAAUGUGAUUUGCAAUGAAACGUGUUCGUGGGCUAGACGAAGUAGCAUCACCACCCGCCAAGCACUCAACGGUGAGUGCAGGAAGCGGUCUAGGUGGUGGAGGAGGUAGCUUGGAGUACCAUACGAGCAGCGGUAUAGGCGUCGUUGUACCUGGCCAGGCAGUUCGGUCCAUCACUUCGAAAGAGAUGCCAAGCAGUAUACAAUUCGGUACCGCCCAGGCUCAGCAGCAGUAUACCGGUGCGAUCGUCGUGCCGACGGCAGCACCGUCUCCCAUCAAGACGAGCGGUUCCGCGGGUGCGCUGAGUACCUCAUGUAGCGGCGGCAACUUGCAUGGUGGAAUAAGUGGCAGCACCCACACCAUGGCGUCCCAGCAGCCUGCGACGGGAUCGCAGAAUCAGGUUCACGCGCAACAGCAGUCAACGAUAAGGCACAAGGUACAUUCUGGUAAUGUAACGCCGCUGGCCACUACUCCGCCCGGUCCCAACCUGACCGGCGGAAGCGGAUCGCAACAGUUCCAGAGACUAAAAGUGGAAGAUGCACUGUCGUAUUUGGAUCAAGUCAAAUAUAAGUUCAGUGAUCAACCACAGGUGUACAAUGAUUUUCUGGAUAUCAUGAAAGAAUUCAAGUCCCAGAGCAUAGACACGCCGGGCGUUAUAACCCGAGUGAGUCACCUUUUCAAAGGACAUCCCGAGCUUAUUGUCGGUUUCAACACGUUUUUGCCACCAGGCUAUAAGAUAGAGGUACAGGCAAACGAACAGGGAUACGCCUUCCAAGUAUCAGUGAGUAUGCCCAGCCCUACCGCGACGCAUACCGCGACGUUGUCGCAGCAUCAUUGCACGGUGAACGUCGGCUCACCGCCGGUCGCCAGUCCACCGACGCAACCGGCGAAAGCGCCACCGGUCCUACAAAUAAUGCAAGGCUCGGGCAACAUACACCACACUUUAGCAAACAGUAUUACGACCAACAGCUUAACUGUUCACGCGCCUUCGCCGCCGCCGAUGCCGGUGUACAAUAAUUCACACGUUAGCACUGCACAAGCGCAGGCUGUAAGUCAGGCCCUGAGUCAGGCUGACGGCGUCUCGACUGGUGGUCAGACGCAGCAAAGUCAACCGGUCGAAUUCAAUCAUGCGAUAAACUACGUUAACAAAAUAAAGAAUCGGUUCCAAGGUCAACCGGAUAAGUACAAGCGUUUCUUGGAGAUACUACACACGUACCAAAAAGAACAGCGAAACUUGAAGGAAUCUGGCCACAUGAGUGGCACGAGUACUGGUGCUACGGGUGGAACGAAACACCUGACGGAAGCAGAAGUGUACAGUCAGGUCGCUAAAUUGUUUGAGAAUCAAGAGGAUCUGCUCGCUGAGUUUGGACAGUUCUUGCCAGACGCUACCAAUCAGCAGGGCUCGUUGACUAACAAGACGACGUCGGUGAACGAUCAUACGGCGAUUGUGAAGAAGCCGAUUGGUAUUGGCAAAACACCGUACAACAAUUCCGGAACCAUUUCGAGAGACGUGCGGGAGUCGAGCGGCACGACUGCAUUGGAGCGCGAUAAUCGGGAUCACCGGGAGCGAGAACGGGAACGAGACAGAUCGAGUAUACGGGACGUCAACAGCGGCCAGAAGUUCGGGCACAGCGCGGGACAGUUGAAGAGGAGUCCGUCGUUUUCGACCUCCGCGACAGCCGGCAAUUCUCAUCACAUACAACACGGUCCGCCGCCUCUGAAGAAACACAAAAGUGUCGCUUCGAUACGCGAUGUCACCAUCGCGGAGGCUGGGAAGUACGGCACCCUGAACGAUUACGCUUUCUUCGACAAGGUCCGAAAGGGACUGAGAUCGCAGGAGGUGUACGAAAACUUCCUGCGAUGCCUCGUGCUCUUCAAUCAGGAAAUAGUCUCGAAAUCGGAGCUCGUCCAGCUGGUGACACCGUUCCUCGGCCGCUUUCCCGAGUUGCUGCGGUGGUUCAAGGAUUUCCUCGGUUACUCGCCGGAUUCGACCGCCACCGUGGCGACAAACGCGGGUAACGCGGUAGGAGUGGAGGCGUUCCCGAACAACGUUGUGCGGAGCCAUCAGGAGCGACCGCAGGGCGACCUGGCGAUGGAGAUCGAUUAUACGGCGUGCAAGCGGCUGGGCGCGUCGUACUGCGCGUUACCGAAGUCGUACAUUCAGCCAAAGUGCAGCGGCAGGACGCAGUUGUGCAAGGAAGUCCUCAACGACACGUGGGUUUCAUUUCCGACUUGGUCCGAGGACAGCACGUUCGUGACGUCGAGGAAAACUCAAUACGAGGAGGCCAUAUAUCGAUGCGAGGACGAGCGCUUCGAGCUGGACGUCGUUAUAGAGACUAACGCGUCGACGAUCCGCGUGCUCGAGGGCAUCCACAAGAAGAUCAACAGGAUGAGCCAGGAGGAACUGCAGAAGUUCAAGCUCGACGACGGCCUAGGCGGCUCCUCCUUCACGAUCCACCAACGGGCGUUGAAGAGGAUAUACGGCGACAAGGCCGUCGACAUUAUAGAAGGUCUGAAGAAAAACCCGGUGGUGGCCGUGCCCAUCGUACUUCGGCGGUUAAAGUCCAAGGAAGAGGAGUGGCGAGAGGCGCAAAAGGGCUUCAACAAGGUCUGGAGGGAGCAAAACGAGAAAUAUUAUUUGAAGUCGCUGGAUCACCAGGGGAUCAACUUCAAGCAGAACGACGUGAAAGCACUGAGAUCGAAGAGCUUAUUCAACGAGAUCGAAACUUUGUACGACGAGAGACACGAGCAGGGCGAUGACGGUAACGACGGUCAGGGAAACAGCGGUCCGCACCUCGUUCUAGCGUACAAAGACAAGUCGGUAUUGGACGAUGCCGCUAAUCUCCUGAUCCACCACGUGAAACGGCAGACCGCCAUUCACAAGGAGGAUAAGCAGCGAAUAAAGCUCCUGCUAAAGCACUUCAUUCCCGAUCUCUUCUUCCAUCCGCGGCAGGAGCUCAGCGACGACGAGAGGGACGAUGACGAUGAGAAAGAAGACAUGAACGCGGCGGCGUGCAACAAUUCUCAGUCGACGGCCGCUUCGUCGCUGGGUGGCCUGCAGGCCAACCGAAGCAAAGCACCCGUAUCGCCAAACACGUCUUCCACUUCCGCGAAGAACGAUUCCGACAUUAAGACGCCCAUGCACGCUCUCUCGAACGACCCCGAGGAGGCCUACACGCUCUUCAUGGGCAGCAACAACUGGUACCUCUUCCUGAGGUUACACCACACACUCUGCGAGAGACUGACGAAGAUGUACGACAGGGCAGUCGCCCUCGCCGACGAGGAGUCCAAGUACAAGCAGCAGCGCAAGGAGAGCACGGCGGUCGCUCUGAGAUUAAAACCAAAAAGCGAGAUCGAGAUCGAGGAUUACUACCCUGCCUUCCUGGACAUGGUGAAGAACGUCCUCGACGGCAACAUGGAGAGUACAGCUUACGAGGACACGUUGCGAGAGAUGUUCGGCAUACACGCCUACAUUGGCUUCACUCUCGACAAGGUGGUCACGUACGCUGUGAGACAAUUGCAGCACUUGGUUUCAGAUCCCAUAUGCCAGCAGUGCAUGGAGUUGCUCCAACGGGAGCAGCGCCAGCCCAAGGAGAAUUCGGGUGCCGGUGGAUUGUGCGCCACGGCCUACAUGAGAUUAGGGGCCGAGUUGUCGUAUCAACGUAAAGCUGAGAAGGCAAUGGCGGACGAGAACUGCUUCAAGAUAUACAUAUACAAGAAAGACUGUAAAAUGACAAUGGAGCUGUUAGAUACAGAAGGCGACGAAACGAUGGAUAGCAGCUGUAGGGAGAGAGAGGAGGGCGUCGCAGUCACUGAAAAGUGGUCGACGUACGUUGAGAGAUUUUCUGCACCAGCUGGUCAGACAAGCCCAAAAGACACGCCUACCUUAACAGAGAAUGAGCCGACGACCAAUCAUCCUGUGAGUAGCGACCAGGCGGCAAGGGGGGGGAGGGGCAGAAAACGCAAGAAUACUGACAUUAGCAGAAGGGGAGCGGUUGCUCUGGACGGGCGGAUAGAACCCGGUGAUAUGAUUCUCCAAGUCAACGACAUCAAUUUCGAAAAUAUGUCCAACGACGAAGCGGUGAGAGUGCUGCGUGAAGUAGUACAGAAGCCAGGACCAAUAAAACUCGUAGUCGCGAAAUGCUGGGACCCAAAUCCGAAAGGUUACUUUACCAUACCUCGUACAGAGCCGGUGCGCCCCAUAGAUCCUGGCGCAUGGGUAGCGCACACGGCCGCUAUACGGGGUGAAGGCUUCCCGCCUCGUCCACCAAGUGCCACAACAUUAACUUCUACAUCGAGUAGUCUUGCAAGCACACUGCCAGAUACUGAACGACCCUUAGAGGAGCUUCACUUGACCGUCAACACCGACAUGCCGACGGUAGUGCGAGCGAUGGCUCGGUCCGACUCGGGCUUGGAGAUACGCGACCGAAUGUGGCUGAAAAUUACCAUUCCAAAUGCAUUUAUCGGUGCGGACGUCGUGGAUUGGCUGAAUACGCACGUGGAAGGAUUUAUCGAUCGGCGCGACGCCAGAAAAUACGCGUCGCUCAUGCUGAAAGCUGGCUUCAUUCGGCAUACAGUGAACAAGAUCACGUUCUCUGAACAAUGUUACUACAUAUUCGGUGAUUUGUGUUCAGCCAUGAGCAGCAUGAAGCUGGAUUGCGAUACAGUCGGUCCCCUACCGCCACCGAAUGCCUGGGAUAUGCCUUACUCGGGAACAUACGCACCGCAUUCGGCGACGGGUUACAGCCCCAUGCCGUUCAAUUUCACGAACGAGCCCACUGUCUACGGUUACCACCGGGAAGAGAGCGUGCACAGUGGUUCAGGCGGUAGCAGCGCGGGUAGCGAGCGCAUCUGCAAGGAGCCGAUUCACGACCUGAAGUCGUGCUCCUCGGCGUCGGAGUCGGAGCUGCACAAUCCGCCGGUGCCGUCGAUGCCGAGCAAAAAUUCCGGCAACGGCAACGGAUCGAACGGGAAGAGAUCGAACGGCAGCCGCAGCCGCUCCAGCGGCUCCGAACAGUCUGUUCAAACGGGAACGGGAUCAGGGAACCAGCAGAACCAGCAAGACUUAUCUGAUGUUGUAAAUAAAGAGGAGCCGAGUACACAGUGCAGGGCGCGGCUGAACAUCGUGAAUGAAUACUUUGAAUUGUCUUACACUUCAAUUGCGAGCACGAUGAACCGUUAUUCUAUUUUAUGCCUGCAAAAUCGAGAUUAA